CGCCACUUUUGGAACUCGGUUAUGAAAAAGCCACCCCAAACCAUACCAUUUUAGCACUUCAUCACCUAAACAUCUCAAAUUGUUUUUGCUAAAAAAAAAAAAAUAAUGUCAUAUCCCAGUGCUUCCGCUUCCCAAUCGACUGGUACCUCGGACCUUGACUCGGAAUCCGUGGAAGUACUGCGGGAGCGCCUAAGCACCAUGAAGCGGUUGAUGGCCGAACGCACAGCCCAGCAGCAAAACAACCCGGCGUCCACGGAAGAGAUAUUCUCCACCAAACGUCACCGAUCCGCCGGAAUUAUUGAUGGAAACUUUCUGAGCUUUGCUUUUGGCGGAGCUCUGCUUGUGAUUAUUACGGUUUCGGUGUACGCCUUUUACAAUCUCUACCACGCUAUACUAAAGAAGUUCCCUUCGCGACACGAGGAGCUGUAAGGAGUGCCAAAUGGGUCAAGGUUUCCACUAAAACUGCAUAAAUUUUUGCAUUUAAUAAACUGUAGCUUGAAUUGUAACUACCAA